AUGGUCGGAAACAAUGGAGGUGGCGUGGAACGAGUGUCGCAGUCGCUCCAAAGGAGGUGUUACAAAGACCGAAGCAGUGAAGACGAACUAGACGACGAGAUAGAGACGUUUUUCUCCUCGAGGAGCUUCUCUUCUGAUUCCUCGGAGUCUCGUCACCUAAACAAGACAAGUUCUCGCCGGAGAUCAAAAGCCAGAGCAGAACAGAGAAGAGCAGUGAGCAAGAAUUCCGAUAUGGGAUGCUGUAUGUUUUCCACUAGGGGGAAAGUGCAGGAAAGUUUCGCAACAGUGAAGCGCUCCAGCGAUCCUUACAGUGAUUUCAGGACAUUAAUGGUGGAGAUGAUCAUCGAAAAGCAGAUAUUUGCAGCCAAGGAUCUCGAGCAGCUUCUACAGUGCUUUCCGUCGUUGAACUCCAUUCAUCAUCACAAAGUGAUCGUCGAGGUCUUCUCAGAGAUAAUGGGAAGCUCUGUUCUCUAA